GAGCGCGAGCGACAUUUUCUGUUAGCGAAUUGGAAACAAAUUGCAUCUUUCGACUGCAUUUUCAUGUAAAGGUUCAACAACACCUCUCUUAAUCAUUAUCACUCCGCUUUUCCCAAGUUAACCAUCGAACGCUGAAAUCAUUUCAAUAGAAAUAUGAGUUAAAAGUUAUUUGUAUUGCAUGUUUUACAAUUGCAUGUUAUAUGGAUAGAAUUCUUUUCAAAAAAGAAAAGCGAUCAUUUGCUUUCCCACAAGCCUGUUCUUCUUGAGAAUUUACAUAACAGUGUUAUUUUGGUCUUCUGUGAACUGCCUACUUGCUGGGAUCCGGACCACUAGCGAGAGACACUCGUGUCUAUUUCAUCCGGGUAUUUUAAUAGAGGACAGUGAUCAGUCCAAGGUGCGUGUGACGUCGACACUGGUCACACUGCUACUUAAAGCAAGUCCUUUCUGUUCCCAGCCUCUCCCACUCCAGAGAAGCCAGCACAAGCAGCAUUGAUCAGCAGCCCCUCAGUAAGUGAUGUUGCUGAGCAAUACUCCCCCUCCCAGUCUCUGCCACCAUCUUCAAAACCAAUGACGACAUGGAUGCUGUUGUAGAAGUCUGGAAUGGGAUGAAAAAAGAACAGGGUCAUCACCAUGGCAACAACAUGCCCUUUGACCCACCUCUGAAUGAGUCCUCACACCCAAGAGAGGCACCAUGGCACACAUGUACAGGCAACCCAGUCUCAUGCCUGCAGUGGAAGGAAGACUGGAGCAUCAGCCAACUCCAGAGCUGAAGUGGCACAUCUCUAAGCAGGACUCAGAGGUUUGGGGGUCGUCACUGCCAGAUGGUAAACAAAGGGAAAUGAGACGAGAUAACCAUUUUUCAGAGUGUUGUCAGGACAGUUCGGAACUGUUAGAGAACACUGUAGCAGACGAUAACAAGGAAAUAAGGCUCAGAGUCUCGGAUUCAGACUUAAACAAUAACGAGAUGAACCUCAGUCUCUCAGAGACAGAUUUCAACAAUAAUGACGAGAUAAACUUAAGAGGAUCGGAAUCAGACAUACCAUCAGAGACUACACUAGACCUAUCUACAACAGGAUGUCAAGUCAUGGCAUCAGUGGUACACAGGGCCAAGGGUACAAAACGGCUCAACUCUGAGAAGACUGCAGUGUUAGGUACACUGGACAAACUGAAAAAUGCUUCUAACAUUUCCUCUGAUUCAGACAGCAGUGUUAUCAAGAAAAGAAAAAUGUCAAAAUAUCAAAAUGCAAAACCUUAUUCUUCAGUGGAAAGUAAAACUGUAACUAAACACAAGAAUGUGACAUCUAGGGUUGACAGUAAUAAGGACAAAUCCACAAGGAAAACUCCUGUAAAAGAAAUAAAUACCCCCAGAAAGAAAAUACUAAAGAAAAGAAGAGUUCUGAAUCUACUCAAGUCAGGUUCAAAACUGAAAAGCUCAAACUCUUCAAAACCAAACAGUUGUGAGGUGGUUGAUAAGGAGGGCUUUUCUAACUGUUUGCCUCAGAAGAGAGAGCAAGAAAAGUCUAACUACAAUCCUAAAUUUACUGAAAAAAUGGAUGAGAUACUGUUGGAUGAUAUGGAUGGAACUGAAGACACAAAUGAACAGUUAUCAGUAAAAGGUAAAGGAGAGUCCAGGUAUAGCUGCCGUGCAUACUCUGUCUCUAAGAACAGAGCCAGCAAUGACACAGACAGAGAAAUAGAAGCACACGAAAGUCACAAAGAAGUUGCACGUAAAAGUCCAAGGUCGCAGGACAAAUUAACUCCAAAAUACAUGUCAUCAUACGACAUUUCUUUUCGAGAGUCAGAGAGUGAUUCAUUCUUCAAUUGCAAGGACUGUAAUGAUGUUGACUUAGCGUUGAGCUCAUUCUAUAUCAGGAACAGAAAAAUAUGAAUUCCAAAUAAUACAAUGCAUCAAAGUUACUCUAUAUAUAUAGCAGAUGUUUUGUUCAGGGUUUAUUCCCUUGUAAUGGCCACAAUUUGAUUCAUUUUUCUUUAGAAAUAAAGGAUCUAAAGGAAGAACUGACUGAAACCUCUGCUUGGAGGUCUGCACUAUG